UUCCGAGUGUCGCUGAAGGUAGCCUGGCUGUGUCCUGUCUACGUCACAGUGCUUCCGGUCUGUUCCAGGAUCAGCUGAUCGUCACAUUUCUAACUUUUCUCAAAACACAGAAACUUCCGGUAUGAACGCACUGCGGAGGUUCCACCUGAGGAGGUUUCGAACCUGGAGACAUUUCCAUUCGACAGCCCCUUCAUUGACCUUUGACAUGAGAAAAGUUGAACUGACGCCUCUGGAGCAGCGAAAGCUCACGUUCGAUUCCCACACGAUGGUGACGGAGCUGGAGAGGAGCGGUUUUGAGAAGCGUCAGGCCGAGUUGAUCGUCUCGGCUCUGGUGACUCUGACGACGGCGAAUAUGGACAUUGUUUACAGAGACAUGGUGACCAAGUCCCACCAGGAAAUCGCUGUGCAGCAGAUCGUAUCUCAUCUGGACUCCAUCAGGAAGGACAUGGUGAUCCUGGAGAAGAGCGAGUUUGCCAAUCUGCGCUCUGAAAACACGAAAAUGAAGCGAGAGCUGGAGCAUUUGCAGAACAGACUGAAGGAGGAGACGCAGAAAGUCAGAGCGGAAACUAAACUUGACAUCAACCUGGAGCGCAGCAGGAUCUCUGACAUGUUCACUGAACAGGAGAAGAAACUGAUGGAGACGACGACAGACAUCCACCACAAGAAAGUCGACCUGGAAAACGACAACAUGGAGAUCAACAACAAGAUCGACCUGCAGGUGGCGUCACUCAAAACUCUGCUGGAGUCUCUGAAACUGGAGACGGUCAUCUACCUGCGACCGUGUUCUCGUGUCUCGCCAUCACUCUGGGCGUUUACAGACUGUGGAGGUGAAGCUCAGACCUGGAGCUGGUUCAAUAAAGUAAAAGUACACAAGCACUCUCAGCUUCAUGUACUUUUAUUCAUAAUCAAGUAUUUCUACAUGAAGAAUCUGAGUAUUUUUUCACAUCAUUACACAUUUUCUGUUGAAUGUAGAAAAGAGUGUGUGUAAUGUUUUAUAAGAGGGGCACUGUAAUGUUUAAUAAUGACUCCAUAUAACUUACUAGUGAUGUCAUUUUAACGAGUGACUUUAUAAAGUAACUUUUUGUGAAAAAUAACGAAGACAAGACGACAUUUAAAUCCACUGG